AUGCCAGCAGGAGAAAUACAAGGCAUCUAUAAGUUUAAGGAGCUUGUCCUAGAAAAGCACCUACUAGGGCAGUCGGUGGUAGAUAUUGCCGGAGGAAAGCGUAGGAGGGACGGCGAUAUAGGCGAGUAUAUAGCACUAGCCGCCAAGCGCACGAAGGUUGACGGCGAUAGGGAGUGCCUCGCCGCAGCCGCUAGGCGUAUAGAGAGCAACGGCGACGGAGAGUGCCCCGCUCUACCUAUUAAGCGCAAGAGGGCCGCCAAGCACAAUAUGGCGUGUAAGAAGGAGCUCUCCCCCGUUGUGAUAUUCGAUACCGAUAGCGACCUAUAUAAGGAUAUAAUUAUCUGCGUAUCGGCUAUCGACAAGCAUAUAGCUCUAGAUCCUGAUUUUCUAAAGUAUAUCGACCCUGCCCUUCUCGCUUUAUAG